GACAAACCCACAAGUGCAUUGCGUAGCAAACUUACGACAAAAACGGAAGCUAAAUCCAGAACCUCACGAAAACGCUGGCUUCCAUAUAUGCUCGCAAUGGGCACCGCCUUUAAAUGAUUUUCUUUCCCCGCACUUAUAACGGGCACGCCAGGGAACUGCGGAAAACUGUUGAAGACGGGCUUCGGUCUGCACGAGUUCGCGGCUCGUUAAUCGCGCUAUUGAGGAAGUAGGACAAAACAAUGAAAUCGCGCUCCUGUGGCGAGCUCGCCAAACGGGCGCGACUUUGGCGGUCUGUGUAACACGGCCUACCCGAUGCCAUCAAGCCCGGUUCUCCUCGGCGGCUACUCGCGAUAGUACUGCAUGUGACCCAGGGUCGGUUUCAAAGGUCCAUUUUGACCAUAUACCCUGGCAGCAUAACAAUCUCAUUUACUUGUACAUUUUGUGAGUGAGUCUCAACCCGACACCGCAACACGAAAACCUAAGAUCGCGUUCAUCCUAAAUAGACGAUAAUUCCUACUGCAGCCAAAUGAGUGACAUGUGCGCGUUGAGUGUUAUUGAGGGAAAGUUCAGUGGCACAGAUGUAAACAAACAGUCUCUAGCUGCAGAAGAAGGGUCGUCUUAAAGUCCCAAGUCUCGCGGUCGCUCUCCGCUGCUGGCUGCGACCGCCAUGGAAGCACCGGCAGCAGCCAUACACCAGCGGGCGGCAUCAGACUGGAUGGUGGUCCAGGGCAAGCUGCCGCUGGGCAUCAGCGCCAGUGCGGGCCAGGCGGCCGCCGGCACGCAGCGGCUGAUCUUGGCGCUGCUGGCGCCGCACGGCGCGCAGGACCUGCUGCUGAAGACGGAGGCGCAGGGAGGCCGGGUGGUCAGCUACCCGGUGCAGCUGCAGGACGGGGGCCCCGGCGGGCGCUUCUACGAGGCGCGGCUGACGAGCCAGCUGCCGGCCGGCAAGCGGCCCAACUGGACCUUGGAGGGCCUGGCCCAGUGGAUGGCCCACAACAAAGUGCAGCGUGGCACCGUGGUGACUGUGUCCGUGGACCCCGGCAGCCGCCACCCCACCAUCAGCGCAGCCGCGCUCGGCUCCACAGCGGCAGAGGCGUCGGUGCCGGCAGCGCCAGAGUCGCCGCGGCAGCAGUCAUCUGCGCCACAGGCCAACAAGGCACAACACCAGCAGGCACAGUCGCAGCGCUCGGGCGGCGCAGCCGCAACGGCCUCAGCCUCUGCAGCCCCCAGCAGCAGCCACCACAACGGCUCCAGCCACGGCGGCAUAGGCGACGAAGGCGGCGGCGGCGAAGGCGGCGGGGACGGGGCUGACAGCGAGCUUCCCCUGCGCAACACGACGGUGGCUCAAACGUGUCGCAUGGAUCUGACGGCCUAUUUGCUGAGGAGACAUAUCUUGAGCUUCUCGCGCGAAACUGGGCGUGCCUUCUUCCACCACAUGAGGACAAACGUGGAUUUUGACGUGUACGUGUGGAUAGACGGCCGAGCCGCGCCCUUUGACUGCGUGCUGCGGUCCUACGACUACAGCAGCAAGCAGGAGCAGGCGACAGGUGGUGAGGGCGGCGGCAGCGGCGGGUCGAGUACCUGGGUGCUGCGGCGUGUGGCGCCAGUGCUGCAGGCCCUGAAUGCUAAGGCAGGCGAUGUGCUGUCCAUCAGCCAGCUCGGGGACGGCUCCCUGGCACUGGCGGUGGCUCAGACCGGAGCAGCCGGCGCGGCUGGGGAGGAGGUCAACGACGAGGCGAACGAGAGGGCGCAGGAGAGUGGUGACGAUGAUGAUAGUGAUGAUAAUGAUGAAGAUGAUGAUGUUGGCAAUGAAGAUGAGGUCUUGGACGAGGCUGAGGCUGAGCAGCCGAGUGCGGAGGAGCAGGAGGAUGAGAGGCGGGGCGCGCCAGCGGGGGGAGGCGUGGCGCCCAAGCGCACCGCAGCACCUCAACAAGACACGACUGCUGGGGCAACAGCGGAGGCCAGCGGCCCCCCUGGUCAGCCUUCCUUACCUGAGUUGGACCCGAGCGCAGGCAAGAUGCUGACAGCCGUCGACCUGUAUGCCAGCAAGUUGCGGCUGCCCGCGGCCAUGGUGGGCGCCAGCGGCGUCUUGGCCCCGCUGGCGGCGGCGGUGGCGCGUGACGGCGCGGCGCACGGCGCCGCGGUCGGCCUGGUGCUGGGGGACAGCGUGGGCGGCAGCGGCCCGGACACAUGCAUGCAGGUCAAGGUGUACAGGUACGGCGGGAGGCUCUCCCUCAGCGGCGCCAGGCGCGUCAUGACUGGCCUCGAGACAGCGCUGGGCGCACCGCCGCAGGCCGGAGACGUGCUGCUCCUGCAGCCACUGCCGCACGAGUGGGCGGGGCUGUCGCCCGCGCAGGCGGUGGCGGCGGGCAAGUACCGGCUACGUGCCGGGCUGUUGCGGGCUAGCCCCGCAGCAGCAACAGCCGCCGCACAUGUGCCAGCGAAGCUGCAGCGUGCGCCGCCGCCGGGAGCGGUGGCGGCAGUAGCGGUGGCGCCCGUGCCGGUGGCGCUGCAGCAUCCGGUGUCAGCGGCCCAGCCGCAGACCUCGAUCUCUGACAGCGGCGGCUGGAGUGAGGGCGUCAUGGGUCGCGGCGGCGGUGACGUGGGUGCAUGCGGCAGCGGCGCUCAGGGCACCACGGCGGCAGCGAUGGGUGCUGUGGCCCCGCCGCCGGGGGCGGGUGGCUCCAACGCGGACGGCAGCCGGGGGCCCCACCGGCCCGGGGGCUGGGGGCCUCUCACGCGGCCGCCGCUGCCGCCACCUCACGCCACGCGGCCGCCGCCAUCCAUGCACAUCAAGGAGGAGCCGGGUCGUGGCGAUGGGCGCCGCUGCAACCCCGCCGCAGACAGCGACGCGCCGUCGCCGCGCACUGCGGCACCUGGGCUUGGGCGUAGCGCUAACCCGCAGCACCCGCCGGCUUCGUCACGGCCUGCCGCCUGCAUCAUACACCUGCACGGCUGGGUGUCGGAGGGCGCGACGCCGCACCUAUCGCCUGCUCCUCUGCCAGAUGAGCUGCAACUGUGCGGCCUCACCUUCCACCCGACCCUGGUGCCGGCCGUGCGUGCGGCCAUGCAGCGGUGGGCGGAUGCGCUCACCUGCCCGCUCUCUAGCGCUGAUCCCGCCAAGCAGCAGAUGCGCUUCCUAGGCAUUGACCCACCGCCGUCGUCCUCGGCCUCCACUCCCUCCGCCGGGGCCGCGGCCGGCGGCCCGGGGGCUGGUCCCGGCAAGAUGUGGCCACCGUGGCGUUACGCCUUCCAGAAAGCCGGCGUCAGUCGCAACCUGGUGGCCAGCCGGCUGGCGCUGCUGCUGGGGCUGUCGGGAGAGAGCGGCUGCGCGGAUGCGCCGCUGCCGGCGGCCGCUCCCGCCUGGACUGUGCGCACCCGGGCGGUGCACCCGGGCGGGCGCGGCGAGGUGGCUGGUGGCGGGCAGGAAGGGGAGGGUGGCGACGGCGGCGGCGGGCCGAGCCUGGCGGCGUGUGGCGGCGGCGGCGUGUUCGCUGCUGAGCCCAUCCGCAAGAGCGCGGUGCUGGGGCUGCUGGGCGGCUAUGUGCUGCCGGCGGCGGACCGGACCGCCUGCCUGGGCUACCAGUCCUGCUCCUCCGACACCAAGGAGCGCCUGGCGCAGCGGCUGCGGGCCGCCGGCUGCGGCCAAUUGCCCACGGGAGCGCUGGCACACGCCUGGUCCUUCCUGGCGCACUCGCUCACCUUCCCGCACUACCUGCAGCCGGAGCUGCCGCCCUACACGCCCGCCGCGGCCGCGGAGCUGGACAGCCGCUGGAACUGCGGCGACCUGCCGGAGGAGCAGCGAGGCCCGCCGCCGCCUGCGGAGCUGUGCAUGCUGGGCGGUUACGGCUGCAUGAGCGCCGGCGGCCGCAGCAACCCGGGGGCGCUCAUCAACGACCCCCGCUCCCAGCCGCGCGACUUCGGCGAGCACGCCGGCACCUCGGACAUUGACGACCUGCCGGCCGCCACCCAGGCCGCCAACGUGCUGGUGCUGCCGGUGUGUGUUCGCGGCCUGGUGCUGCCGGUGCUGGUGGCCACACGCAACAUCAAGCCCGGCGAGCAGCUGCUGCGGGACUACGGCGCGGCGUGGUGGCGGCGCCUCACGGACGUGUGGGAGUUGCUGGAGGACGAGCAGAUAGCGCCGGAGCAGGUGCUGUGGGGCGCGGCGGAUGGAGCGGCAGCGGAAGCAGCCGCGGACGGCGCGGGAGCAAGCGAGCCCGUGCCGCCGGCAGCCGCUGCCGCCGCCGCGGCCGUGACGACGACAGCAGCAGCGCCAGAGGCAGGGGCAGGGCAGUCAGAGCAGGCGCACGCGGCGGCGCAGGAUCUUCCACAGCCGGCUGUGCUGGGCGCUGAGGUGGCGGCGGAUGCUGCAGCCGGGGCAGCAGCAGCUACAGCCGGCAGCAGCGGCGCCCCCGGGCCGCCGGAGGCUUCAGGGCGGCAGGCGGUCGGCAGAGCGGGGGUGUCAAGUGGGUCCACGGGCACGGCCAAACACACAGCGGCGGAGGUGGCAAAGGAGCGGCGUCCUGAGCGGGAGCGGGAGCGCGACAAGGGCCGCUCGCAUGCCAAGUCCGGAGAGUCGGAUCGAGAGCGAGGUCGCCAGAGAAGGGAGGACGAUGGCAGCAGGGAGCGGCGGGACAGCAGGGACAGGCAGCGAGACUCACGUGACCGGGAGCGCUCCCGUGAGCGAGAGCGUGGACGGGACCGUGGCCGGGAUCGCGAGCGGCGCAGCGACGGGGAUAGGGAUCGCGAUCGGAGCCGGACGCGCAGCCCCGGCCGUGACAGGAGCUUGGAGCGGGCGUCGGGGCGGAGUCGGGAUGGAGAGCGCGAACAGGGGCGGGAUUGGGAGCGGGGUCGGGAGCGCUCUCGUGGCCGUGGCGAGGCGCGCGAGGGGAGCCGGCACCGCCAGGACGGCGAGCCGGCAGCCGGCAGGCCGCAGCCAGGCCGCAGCAGUUCGCCUCACGGCGGCAGGAGCCCGCCGGGCGGCGGCGGCGGCUCAGGCGCCGCGGGUGGCGAUGCCAAGCGGCCACGACUGGAUGGCCCGCCUGGACCGGCAGGGGCUUGGCGGCGGCCGCGGCCCUUCGAUGAGCAGCUGGUGGACGACGAUCGCCUCAACGGCCCGCCCGUGUCCUUUCCAGGGCUCAGGGGCUGGCGUGACUAUGAUACUGACGGCGGUGGCGGCAUGUGGGAGCCGCGCCACAUCGAGGAUGCCCGCGGCCCAUCCGGUGUGUCGGGCGAGUUCGGCGGCUGGGCACCGCCGCCGCUUCGCCCACCGCAGCACCGCCCGCCGCCGCCGCAGUACGGGCCGGCGCUUACCCAGUGGCGCGAGAGGUGGUGAGGAGUGUUGAAGCUACGAUUACUGCGGAGGCUGCGGUGCUGGUCAGGUACUUAAUGUGCUUAAUGCCUUCACUGGACUGGCUCUUAACACGUUCGCGCGGUGUCAGUGAGACGGCCGCAGGAUGCUACGGCACGGUGCUACGACACAGCAGGGCCUUCAGUGACGGUUGUAUGCAGCGGUGGUGUGCACCCGGGCGGUGUUAGGACCAUGUUGUGAUGAUGUGGAUUGUCGCGGGCGCGUGCAGAGGUGCGGAUAGGCGGCACACGAGAGCAGCCGCUGGACUUCCUAUGACUGCGAAUCUUGGAUUGGGUUGUGAAGCAGACGUGCCGUAAUUUAGCGUCAGACGGACCGUUCAGUUCGGUAUUCGUUCCGUAGCCAGGCAUAGCUGCAUAGGGCUACAAUUGAGGCCGCUGUUGCCUGCUAGAGCAUGGACUUGCAGGAGACAGAUGAGGUGAUGAUGACGUUGCUGCCUUGGGCAGGUUAUGCGGGGGUGGGGGGUUGCACACUGGCGGGAGCGAUGUGGGCCCAUUGCAAACGCGGCCAAGCCCGCGGCAGGUGGCGACGCGGCAAGGUUUAUGUAUUGUUGAGGCAUAGUUGUCAUGUACAAUAUAUUUAUACCAUCUGAGUAGAAGCUGGUAUCACAACACCCUGCAGCGCAGACUGCGGCAGCUGGCACAUGCUUUGUCUGAGCUUGGCCAGACCUGC